CCACUCCCUUUCUCUAUUCCUCAGACUAUGAUCAGCACAUCGAACUGGAUGUGUAAGACAGAGGUAAAGGAGCAGAUCAAACAGAAGCUGUCCGCCAUCCCCCGGAUAGAAGUGAACCCCAGAGCCCAGUGCUACAGGCAGGCAGCGAGGAAGUCUUACACCUGUGUCAAACGCUAUGUGGACCACCGCCACCUGGAGCCCAGCCAGAAGGCCAAGACGGUGAUGGCUUCUCUCCCCUGCACCUAUGACGGCCUCAAGGACAUCUGUCCCCAGGGGGAGGCGCUCUUCUACACCAUCCUCAACUACGAUUGGCUGGUUCUGCCCCCGGCCCUGGGUGUCAACGUCUCCGACACAUUACUCAGGAUCUAACCAGCUCACAUCUAACCAGCUGAACAUCUGAACUUUUGAACAUCUGGACAUCUGAACUUCAGGACUUUUGAAAAUCAGAACUUCUGAACAUUUGAACAUCUGUUACUAAAUCUACUCCAGCGUUGAAAACAAAACUUCAGCUUUAUUUUUACACAAAAGGAAAGAUCAAAAUCAACGACAACUUCGACUACAAAAAUAAAAAUUGCUUUUAACGUUAAAAGAAAGUCAGGCAUGAACACACAAUGCCUAUAAACGUUCACGAAAAGCAAAACGAACAUUUUUUGGGACUCACUUUUCUAUCAUUUGGGACAAUCGCUCAAUGUAAAAAUUAAGCCCACAAACUUAAACUAUAAAGGGAUAUCGCUGUUAAAGAAGACAAAUAGCUCUAAGCAGCUUUCUUCGUUUCUUUGGAUCAUAGGCUUUAGAUCUCCAUCCAGGAAAGUAUUAAUGUAUUUCCCAAAGAUGUCAACUCACCAACAAGAAUACUGUGAUAUGUUAAACCACCUGCACGUAUUAAAAGUGACUUAGUCACAUGUUUGCUUUAUUCAUGUACAUAAUCCUAUGACAAAUCAAAACUGGGUGUACUCACAUCUUACGCAGUUAUGUAUAUGCGCUGCGGCAAUGUUUUAUCAUAGACAAGAUGGUUGUAUUGUGUAUAUAACAGAAAUAAACCAGAUAGUGAUAUCUACAUCAUUAUUAUGCAGUAAAGUCAUUUUUGCCUUUCCCUAUAUUCGCCACCACUUUAAACCAUACUAAAUGAGUAACAUAUUUUGCUGUUUUAAGGGGUCGGUAAGAUGCUAUGUAAUCAUUAAACAUACAAUAAAAUAUCGUAAUGACAUGA